GCAGUAAUGCUGCUCUGCUCUCCCUCCCUACUGUGAAUCUGACAAGCCUGCCUUCCCUGCCUGCCGUCUCUCAACUCCUCUGUUGCUCUGCUCACCAGCCUGUUUACGUCUGCCAGGGACACACACACCUCUCUCCGCUCCGGUCCGGUCUGGCGGUCCACUGUUAACCUCCUUUAGCUGCUACUUGUCUUUGUAUUGGUUUUUGGAAGUGUUGGAUAUUUCCUGGUUUUUGUGAAUGGGCGGCCGAUGCGAGGUGGCUGUGACUGUGAAUGGACUGACUGACUGUCAGCUCUGGGUACACUAUUCUGAAGAGGCAAUGUGACAGGUCUCUGGACACCACUGGUAGACUCUGAAUUAUAAACAAACGGAAAGAAAGGAAUUAAGAAGAUCAGUGAGAGGAGAAGGAGAGUCGAGGAUGGGCCACAGUGAAGAUGACCUGAUUGGGAUUCCGUUCCCCAACCACAGCAGCGAUGUCCUGUGCUGCCUUAACGAACAGCGGCGCGCCGGGUUGCUCUGUGACGUGGUGCUCAUCGUACGCGACCAGGAGUACCAGACCCACCGCUCGGUCCUCGCCGCCUGCAGCCUGUACUUCAAGAAGCUCUUCACCGUGGCCUCAGACGGAAGGGACAAGCACAGUGUGUAUGAGAUAGACUUCGUGGCCCCGGAGUCGCUGACGGCCAUCUUGGAGUUCGCCUACACAUCUACGCUAACGGUGACGGCGUCCAACGUGAAAGAAAUUCUUGGAGCGGCUCAGAUGUUGGAGAUCCCCUGCAUCGUCACCGUCUGUCUGGAGAUUAUGGACUCUGGCAAGGGAGGAGGAGAGGGAGAUGAGGAGGAAGACGAAGAGGAGGAGGAACAGGAGGAGGAGGAAGAGGAAGAGUCGAGGAAGGACGAGCAGGAGGUUCAUGAGGAGGACAACGCCAGUGAGUGGUCAACGAGGUCGUCAGAGAGUCAGGACCAGGCCGAGUCGGAGAGAGGAGCACCACCCAGUACCUCUCAGUACCAGCACCAGUAUGAGCUGCAGAGGAACAGGAAGUGUACAGACAAAGACUCUCAGUGUGAGAAACCCAGCCCGGAGCAUGAGCGCAUGGAGAGCCGAGCCCUCAAGGACUUUUCCAUUGAGUCUCUGCUACAGGAAGGGCUGUACCCUAAACUGCCAUCAGUCCUGGACAGGAGGGACAACUUUUCCCCUCUGCUCCCUGGCUUCUACCCUCCCAUGUGGGCUGCAGAGUUCCCAAGAUUCCCCCCGCAGGUCCUAGACCCCAGCCACCACGCCCAGACCCCGACCCUCCACCGUUCCUCCCACCCUUCUCAACUGGACAACCGACCCUUAGACCUGGCCGUGAAGAGAGAGGUCGUCAAGGAGGAGCUGAAGGAGGAAGUCCCUCCCAGCAUGCUCCACAGUGACUUCCUGAAAGACUUAAUGACCUCCGGCCUGGGGGUGGGGGUGGUACGGUCCGAGGGGCCUCACCUCCACCCGGGUCAGAUAAAGCAGGAGGAAGACUUCCGCUCAUACCUGAGCUUCCUGAGUGCAUCAAGCCACCUGGGGGCACUGUUCCCUCCCUGGCAGAUGGAGGAGGAGAGGAAGAUGAAGCCCAAAGCAUCCCAGCAGUGUCCCAUCUGUAACAAGGUGAUCCAGGGGGCGGGGAAACUACCCAGACACAUGAGGACUCACACAGGAGAGAAACCAUACAUGUGCACCAUCUGUGAGGUGCGCUUCACCAGGCAAGACAAGCUGAAGAUCCACAUGCGGAAGCACACAGGAGAGCGGCCCUACGUCUGCCUCCACUGCAACUCUAAGUUUGUCCACAACUACGACCUGAAGAACCACUUGCGUAUCCACACAGGGGUGCGGCCCUACCAGUGUGAGCACUGCUACAAGAGCUUCACACGCUCAGACCACCUGCACCGACACAUCAAGAGGCAGAGCUGCCGCGUCUCACGCCCUCGACGAGGCCGCAAGCCCGCCGCCUGGCGCUCAGCCAACAACUUCCUGCAGGGCCCUCCUGACUCGGCCAAUCACCACGAGGAUGGCAAGGGCGGCUGCCGGCUCCUGCCCUCCUCCCAUCGAGGCGUUAGAGGUCACGGUCUGGGCCUAGGGGAGAGAGAGAGACAGGCCCUGGGUGGUAAGGGCCUGGGUUAUAAGGACUUGGACAGUGACAGCAGAGAGAGCCGGGAGGGCAGGGAGGCCAGAGAGGGCCGGGAGGGCCGGGAGGCUAGAGAGGGCCGGGAGUGCCGGGAAGCUAGAGAGGCCAGAGAGGGCCGAGAGGCUAGAGAGGCUCGGCAUCACCAGUCAGACAGGAAGCAUGUGGUUGACAAGGUGGAGCUGGAGAGACAGAGGGGCGUGUUCACCUUUGCCCUGGCGGGGCCUGGGGGGGAAAUCCUUACCCACCCUCCAUUUUACACCCCGACCCCUGACCCCUGGACCAUUAGACUGGAGAACCACGCCUCUCCCAUCCCUGAGCCGACCAACUGACACAGAUUAAAGAUGAUAGAACAGAGACAGUGCCAACUGACACCUGAACAGAGAGAGAGCCGGCCAACUGACACCUGAACAGAGAGAGAGCCGGCCAACUGACACCUGAACAGAGAGAGAGCCGGCCAACUGACACCUGAACAGAGAGAGAGCCGGCCAACUGACACCUGAACAGAGAGAGAGCCGGCCAACUGACACCUGAACAGAGAGAGAGCCGGCCAACUGACACCUGAACAGAGAGAGAGCCGGCCAACUGACACCUGAACAGAGAGAGAGCCGGCCAACUGACACCUGAACAGAGAGAGAGCCGGCCAACUGACACCUGAACAGAGAGAGAGCCGGCCAACUGACACCUGAACAGAGAGAGAGCCGGCCAACUGACACUUACAACAGAUAACUGAUGCUUCAUCUCAGACUUCUAAGAACAAUACAGAACAGAAAGUUCUCUGCCUGAUAGAUGUUCUACCUGCUGUUCAGAGAUAGAAGGAUAUUAGGCUGAGGAGAUGAGAGUUUGAGGGGAGCGAUGUCUGGGAUUAUAAAUGUAUAGAAAACAGGGGAAUUACUGGAAAACAGUUGAUUUUAGACAUCUCAGAUCAAAAUCACAAGGAUUUUUAUAAAACAUUUCAUUUGUAGAAAUAAAACUGGAUGAAUAGAUUUUGUAUGUUGCAAAAGUACACACACACAAAAGAAUACUCUCAGGACAUUAUAUAAUUGUUUAUCUUUGGAUUGUAAUUGUUUAUCUUUGGAUUCACUACAAUCAAUGUAAAUGUCUAAUUCAUAGCAUAAUUCAUAGUAUACUUAAUAUUAGCAAUAGGUUGUUUCUCAAAUUCACAGUCUACAAAAAAAUAAACCAAUAUCAGCCGUUAUUUAUAAACUACAAACAGAUUCCAAAUCCAUCCAGAGUUGUAGACCAAUAUCAGUUCUAAUGGGCAGGGUAGUGUAGGCCAACGAAGAACAUUCAAAACCAGGACAAAUGAUUCACUUGACUUAAAAAAUAUAUAUAAUAUAGAUCCAAAACUUGUUUUCACCCUUGUAUUGCCUUGUUCUCAGGUUUUGUAAAUAUCGACAAAAUGUUUUAAAGAUUUUGACCAUAGUAAUAUUGAUUAUUGUUGUAUUAUACCUUUUUAUCAUCGAUAAACCAUCCAAAGGUGCCGUUUGAUAUUUCACACAUUUUUCACAAGCCUUGUGUUACAUAUGGUAUCUGUGUUUCUUCUAAAGACCAAGACGUGUACGAUUCGUUAGACUGAUAUACACUGAAUUAUUGCUUAAGCUAUGCCCUGCUCCUGAUUGGAGUGUUAAGACCUUGAAAGAGGAUUCUACCCUAUGUUCAUGUAGUGCUCUUAACUGAUCUAUGUACAAAUAUUGCUAUUCAGAAUUGUUUGAAUUGAAAUGAAAUGGGAAACUAUUUUCUUGCUAUUUAUGCAUAUUUAAAUGAGCCUUGGCUAUAUUUAGCAAAUAUGUUGUUUUAUAAAGACACUAAAUGUUGUA